AAGCCCAAGGCAAAACUAGUCACUCCCAAGACUGGAGAAAAAAACUCAAGCUUUGUGUUUCUGUACUUCAUUGGAGGCGCAUCAGCUCUGCAAAUUCUUCCUUGUUCCUUGAGUAACUAUGGUGAGAAUUAGUGUAUUGAAUGAUGCUUUGAAGAGCAUGUACAAUGCCGAAAAGCGCGGGAAACGGCAGGUCAUGAUCAGGCCAUCAUCGAAGGUGAUCAUCAAAUUUCUGAUGGUUAUGCAGAAGCACGGGUACAUCGGUGAGUUUGAGUAUGUUGAUGAUCAUAGAUCGGGUAAAAUUGUGGUCGAGUUGAAUGGGAGGUUGAACAAAUGUGGGGUAAUUAGUCCUCGUUUCGACGUUGGUGUCAAGGAGAUUGAGGGAUGGACUGCUAGAUUGCUUCCAUCAAGACAGUUUGGUUACAUUGUGUUGACAACUUCCGCUGGCAUUAUGGACCACGAAGAGGCUAGAAGAAAGAAUGUUGGGGGUAAAGUGCUUGGGUUCUUUUACUAGGCUGAGCUUUUUUAAGGUCGAGAAGAAACUAUUUUGCUCGUGCUGAGUUUUUGGUCGAAACUUUGAACUUAUUCACGGUAGGACUAGUUUUAUGAAAUCAUUUCUAGCUCACAUGUAGUUGUGUUAGUUAUCAAAGUUCACCAAUGGUUAUCAAUUUAGACUUAUGUUAUAUACAAAUCCGUUUCUUCAGUUUGUUUUGGUUAUUGAGAAAGACUUUUGAA